UAUAAAUUCACUCGAGCUAGUUGUGUUCCCGCGUGGCUGUACACAAAAUAAGCAAAAAGAUUACCUCUUUUUACCGGUUAAUUAAGAAAACUAAUUAAAACUUAGCAAAAUGGUGUACUCUGUGAAAGAUGCGGCUGACUUCAAGAACCAGCUGAAGACUGCUGGCGAUAAAUUGGUUGUUGUGGAUUUCUUUGCCACCUGGUGUGGUCCUUGCAAGAUGAUUGCACCCAAGCUGGAGGAGCUGGCGCAGCUGCAUUCCGAAAAGAUUGUUGUCAUCAAGGUCGAUGUUGAUGACUGCGAGGAUAUUGCCAUGGAGUACAACGUUUCCAGCAUGCCCACCUUUAUAUUCAUCAAGAACGAAGUGCCGAAGGAAAAUUUUGCUGGCGCCAACAUCGCUAAAUUGACGGAGACCAUUGAGAGGCUCAUGUAAAAUGAAUUGCAAGAUAAUUCGUUUAAUUGUAUACUUGAGUUUGUUCGUCAUACCAUUUAGUUAAUUAUGUAUAUAACACUAAGUGCAACGUUUGCCAGUGACACAUGCCCCACACAACAAAUCUUCUCAGAAUUAUUUUCACAUGAUUUAACUGAUGGAUUCAUAGUUUGCAAAGCAAGAGCAUUUUAAAUUAACAUAAAUAACUUGUGUGUUCAACACUGCAGCGCAGCAGAUUCAACAAAUUGAGAUACUGAAAGUGGCUUUUAAUGUUAAAAAUAAACUAAAAUAAAUAUUGCUUAAUUAAUCUUUGUAAUACGGGUUCAGUUUUUGUAAAGAAUAUUGUAAUAUGUUGAAAAGAGCAGAAACAGCAAAGCGAAAUUAAAUAAAUUUAUUUAAAACAA